GGUUUGGUUAUGAAGAAUUAGGGAAGCAUGGGUGUGAAGAUCGGCAAUACCACAGUGGUUUUGUGUUCCUAUUAUAUGCUGGCUCCUGGGGCUAGAAAAUCAAAACACCUCUUUCUGUUUUUGUUAUGAGCUAUGGUUUCUUAAUUUAGAAAUCUGGCUUAAUUUAGAAAUCUUGUUUCUUCUGUGAAGUAUCGUUUCUUUAUUUGGCAAUCUUGACUGACUCUUGCUUCCUUCUUUCUUCUUGCCUUUCAGCUGUUUUGGAAAGAAGUAAGGCUUAGGCUUCUCCAUGUUAACCAUGAGCGUGACACUUUCCCCCAUGAGGUCACAGGAUCUGGAUCCUAUGGCUACUGAUGCUUCACCCAUGGCCAUCAACGUGACCCCCACUGUGGAGCAGGGUGAGAGAGAAGAGGAAAUGAAGGACAUAGACUCUGACCAGCAGUACGAAAAGCCACCUCCACUGCACACAGGGGCUGACUGGAAGAUUGUCCUCCACCUGCCUGAAAUUGAAACCUGGCUCCGGAUGACCUCCGAGAGGGUCCGGGAUCUGACCUACUCAGUCCAGCAGGAUUCAGACAGUAAGCAUGUGGAUGUGCAUCUAGUUCAACUAAAGCUUCCAGAUAAUUCUUUGGUAAGAAGUAUGAGAAACCAGCUGAACCAUUUUUAGAAACUCUGUCCCUCCUUCUUUGGAUUUAGUAGCAGUAUUGUGCGAGAAAACCAGGCCAAAAACUUUAAAAGGUUUUGAUUUUAACUGAGACCUCUGGUUUGGUUGAAUUUAUUUGGGUGCUAAACAGGCAAAGUUGGUAUCUCUGCCCUGAUUAAUAGUCUUCUCAGGGAGAAAAUUAUUUGUAUUCUUGGAAACAUGACAGCAGGAAAGGAGUAAAGCUUAGACUAGCCAGCAUAGGUUAAAUAAUGUGGCUGGAUAACAGAAGUCUUGAAGUGACUUAGCUGGAGUCAGUUACCCCCAAACCC